CCGCCAGGGAGCGCUGAUAAUGGAGAUUAAAGACAUUGCUAUUGAUGGGAGGAAGGAGGAGGAGGUUCGGAAACGCAGGAUUUUUGAAAUGUUGGGCAGCUUAAUUCUAGUUUUCGAACGAGAAUCGUCCGGCGGGAGAGUGGAUUAAAUUACAUCUUUACUUAUCUACGUACGAAGUGAAGAAAGAUGGAUGUACCGAUCGAACUCGAACAAACUUUGUUUCGGUUUAGCUUACAAAAAUUAUGCAUUUAUACAGUAUCUUUACCGUUAAUCGCGAUGAUUUUCUGUUUUGCUACAUCCAUGCUCUUUCACUUUACUCUAGUCAAUACUACAAUAUGUAAGGUUUACAACUUCUGCCCAUCCGUCAGUGCAAUUACUGGAGUGUCUCCCCAGAGAUACAUUUGGAGAAUAUGUGUGGCAUUACACUGCGCACCACGGUUGCUUCUGGCAUCAGUGUAUCAUAAGCAUUUUGUUCACAGAGUUACAAAUGUCGAUCCUGGCCAACGCGCCAAAUAUGACAAGAUCGUAAAAUGGAAUUACUGGUUUAACAUUUUGGAAAUCAUGUCCUUGGUUGGAGUAACGUAUAUUUCGAACAGAGAGAAUUAUCCUGUUCAUGAAAAAAUCUUCAUUGUUUUUAUGUUUGCAUCUGUUGCUUACAUGUUAGGAACAUGCAUAGCUUCUUAUAAAGGAAGACCUAAAGAAAUGACAGAUAUGGAAAGGAAGUCUAUGAAAGUGAAAUUCUUUCUUUUUGCAAUCAUUAUUGUGUUUUCGGGAGGAAUGAUGCAUUUUUUCUAUAAGCAUAGAGUGUAUUGUGUUGAAAUGGCUUUCAGCUGGUUUUCUCUUUGUGAAUAUGUAAUAUGUUUUGCCAACAUGGCAUUUCAUGCCACUAUUGUUUGGGAUUUAAAAGAUCAAGAAAUAGUAAUUGGACUACCAUCUAAAAAGACUGCAGUGAAUCACAUAAAAGAUCACAAAGAAGAUUGAUUUCAUACUGUAAAUAGUAAGUGUUAAGUCACCAGGAAGCCCAACUUGGUUUUUCUCUUCUCAUUUGUACAACAUCCUCUCACAAAUGUACUUUUAAAUCUGUGAUCAUUCUGCCUAUGUGAUCAUUUGAUCGACAGUGAGCUGUUUUUAAAGAAGUCAAAUGAAUCGUUGCGAUACUCUGAAUGCAAUGAAGAGAUACAGUAAGUGAAUCGCCUCGAUGGCAUUAACAAAGGAGCUAUUAUCAAGUGUUGUCGGGAAAAAAGAAAUACUUUUUAUUUAAAUGAACGAUACAUACAAAACAAAAGCAUAAUUUAUUACCGUAUUUUUAUUUAAUUAAUAAUUUAGUAAUAUAGUUAAAUAGUUAGCAGCAGUAUUUAAAGACUACUUACGAAUAGAAAACCACUUUAUAUCUUUUCAAAAUUUCAUUUUUUCAUCAAGAAUUUUUAAUUAAAUCAUAAAAAUUUGAAAUAGAGAAUUUUAAAAAUUAUUAAAUUACCAUUUUAAAAUUCUAGAAUAUUCUAAUAUGAACUUUAUAUACAUACAUUCAGAAUGUUUACUCUUUAUCAUUGUAGUUUAAAGAAAAGUAUCAAAUUUUUGAAACCCUAUAAUAUAAUUUAGUAAUAGAAAAUGUUUGUAGUUUCUGUUUUAGUUAUCACAAAAUUCAUUAAACUGUUUUUAAAAUGGAAAUUUUCCUCUAUAUGAAAAAACUUUAUAAAAAUAUUCUGGCACAGCAAAAUGAACAAAAAUUACAAAAACUUUAGUUCAUAGAAAUUUGAUACAUUGAAACUAAAUAAAUUUAAAGUUAAAUAAAUUAACAUAAAUUUUUAAAUCUUUCAUGAUGAUUAAGUAUUAAUUAAUUAAUAUUUCAAGAGAGAAAUUCACUUUUACUUAAAAUUGAAUUUUUUUUUCUGAAAUAUUGUCCUACUUACUCUAAGAUCAUUUAAGAAACUCAAAAAUUACAGUUAAAAUACUAUUAUUACCUUUUUCUAUAUAUGAAGGUUGAUGUCAAAAUGUUAUAUUUCACUGAUUAAUCAUCUACUAAUCUCAUGAAACAUAUUUAUGCUAGAAUUUUUUCAUAUCAUUUGUUAAGAGGAAAACUUAAAACAUUAUAGUACUUGAUUAAUCAUUGAAUUUACAAAACUCAACAUAAUACAUUAACAACCUUGCUCGAUUUUUCUUGAACUAUAGCAUUUGCAAAAUGUCUUUGAACAUUGUAAUUUUCACGAUAUAAUAAUGAUAUCUGAUGUUUGGCAGAUUGUUUCACACACGUUCUAUUUUAUUGUAAUUCAAAAACUAUGAUAAAAUAUUUUAAACUUUAUAUAAAUUGAAAAAUGAGAAAUUUUUUUGUUCUCUUUGAAUACUGCUGUUGAACUUAAAUUAUUAAGUCGUGUGUGUGUAUGUAUAUAUUUUAAGAUAUUUAUUUGAAAGACACACUUACUUCUUAACAUCUUAACUUUGAAUUUCUUUAUAAUUCUAAUAAUUGAACAUAAAUCAUAUAAAUGAAUAGAAUAUAAAACAAAAUUUUAAAACUUAGGUAUACUUGAACAUUUGACUAGAAAAUUUCAAUAGAUAUAAAUCAAAAGUAACUAGUUUAGAUACCUGUUUAUAAAUUCCAAAUUACACAAUUAUUUAUUAGGCUGUACUAAAUAAAUGUUGCAAAAAUUGUUCUUUUAAAUUUGAUUAUUUGAAAUUAGUAAUGGCCAAGUCUUAUAAGCACAUUUUAUAAAUAAUUUUUAAAAUAAAAUUUAGGUGAUUAUUUAUUUGAAAUACUAAUUUCAUAAUUUUGAUUUCGUCCAUUCAAUUUAAAUGUAGGGAACUAAUAAAUUAAUUCCUCUUAUGUAAAUAAUAAUAAAUAAAAAAUCUGAUUUUCAAUUUAAGUAAAUGUGAUAACACUUUUUCUAUGAGAAAAUUGUUUUAAUUCUGAAUAUUUUAGAAUCCUAAUUAGAAUUCAUGUCAGAAAACAUAUCAGUUGAGAGAAAUUCAUACAUAAUAUAUACAUUUGAGACAAUUAAUAAAUUAUUUAGACCAGACAUUUUCAAACAUAGCUGCAGAAAAAAAUGAAAUAUUUUCAGUUCAACUGGAUGAUAAAUUUUGCUCUUACCAAUAACAUAAGGAAUUACAUUAGAAGACUGAUAAUCUUUUAAAGUAAUACUGUAAUAAUAUUUCCAAUCCAGAGUUUAUGAAAAUUUAAACAGAUUAAUACAAAAAUUUUCAUGAUUUGUCAAAUUUAGUAGUAUAUUUAGUAUACCAGUGUUUCCCAACCUUUUCAGACUAGCAACACACUUUGAAUUUAGUUAUAUUCUUGCAACAUUAAAUUCCAUAAUUUUUAAAAUAGAAACAUAUAAAAUUAUUUUCUAAUAAAAAACUUGUCCAUUUUAUUAUCUGCUUAAAAUUUAAAAUAAAUUAUGAUUGAUUUAAAAACAAAUUUUGAUAAUACAAAAGUUAAACUUACCGAGAGGAAAACUCACAAUUGUAUAAAUGUACUAUGAAAAUAAAGACUAUUUGAAUCAAUGCGUAAAGAGCUAGUAUCGGUUCUUAAGCCAGUAAACUGCAACGUUAAUAGAAGCUCCAAAGAGUUGGUAUGCUGGCAGACACAUAGAUGCAUGCCACUUUUGUGAGGGUGUUUGCCGAUUCUGCAAAUUUUGUAACAGUUGGCAUUUUAGUGAAUACCUCCUCCUCUCAGUUGAUCUGUAGUUAAAAGAUGAAAGAUAAAUGGAAUU